UUUAAUACAUGUUAAAUUAAUCAAAUACAUGGAGAUAUGAAUUCUAAUUGCAGUCCCAUAGCAAGACUUUUAUAAUUGCGUGAUAUUGAAAAAUUAUUUCGUAAGGUUGCUUUAAUCCAAUUUCGCUAAAGCAUGACGGAACCGGAGAGUCAAACCGAGGAUGAGACGGAGGCCAGUGAUACUUUUGGGGAGUCUGGUACGGAAAGUGUGACAAGCGAUGGUCGAAUACCUUCGAAAUAUCACAGCAUUAAAGAUGAAACGAAUGAAGACACUAAGAAGAAGAGACCUUGGAUGGACAAGGGGUUUACUAGCGAAAUGAAAUCAUUAGAGUCGAAUCCGGAGGAGAAAAGCAAGUGGAAAACGUCUGAUAUCACGAGACUGUCUGACACGGAAACUAUCAAGUGCUUUCCGCUCGACGAUUUUCAGCUUGAACAUCAGGCUAGAACGACCGUUGAAUUAGAUCCAUGUAGAAGGACACGAAUCUGGAGAAGCAUGAAGACGAGACAGCCGACAGCGAUACAUCGGAGGAUGCCGAGAAACGGAAGCGGAAUAUUAUGGCCGAGUGUACCGCCGCUCUUUGCACGAGACGAGGUUAUCGGGCUGGAGAUGGACUGGGAAAAGGAAAGACGAAGAGACGUUUUCCCUUAUGACUCGGACGGUGACAAGGACGAAUUUCUUCGAGAUCAGCAGAGAAGCGACUUCGCCAAUCUCAAGGAGCUAGGCCACGUACGUGUGCCGGUGUCGUAUUCGGAAGCGAAGUUGAAAUUAUCCGUGGAUCGCUCGAUCGGCGAACGUCCCGGUUUGGUAAACGGUGACUACGUCUUCGUGGAGCUGCCGUCCAACCGUGUUUACGCCAAUGUGAUUCUUCGCGGGAUGAAGGGUAUGCAUCUGGUGGAAAUUACCACGUUGCGGGAGCGCAGGAAUACUUGGAAGUUCUGUUUCUAUCAAGCGGUCGUGGCGUUAUUAGCGAAAACUCAGCUCAGAUACAAAUACGCGUGGAGCGCUAAUAUCGAUUACAUCUACGAUCACGCCUGGAUGCUCUUCACCCACAUCGGCUCGAUCAACGUGAAGCCGCGGCAGCGUCUGGACGAUAUCGUUGUGUACAAUUACAAAUACAGCGUCGAGGUAGAACUGAUCGGGGAGAUGAAAGAUGUCGUGGCGCAAUUCGUCGACAACUGGUACAAAGAGAGUGGUCUGAGGCCACCGAUUACGUUAAGUAGGAGGGAUCCCCUGAAGGUCGAGGUGGAACUCGGCUGUCAUAAGGUGACGGAUUCGAAUUAUAUGCCCGUGCACGAGGACGAGCUGCCGAAACAGCUCGAGCAGUGGCUCGACGAAACGAUCACGGGCUACCGUGACUAUAUAUUGCGCACGGCCAGGUUCUCCCUGGCCUUCUGGCAGGACGGUCUGUUCUGGUAUCUGUACAACCCCUACCAGUGCGAUCAGUACGGCUUCUGGAAAGACGGCGGUUACGCCUGCAUCGUGAAGCUCUGUUCCAAGGACUCGUUACGGCGGCACCUGAUGAUCCUCAUGCUGAGAGCCCACGCCUACGAGGAGCAGAAGUCGCGAUUCGAUUAUCAAUCCGACUACGAGGAUGAGGGGAACGUUUACAUCGACGUCGAGCUCUUCCACGUGUCUUUCCGCCGCUGUCAGCUGGACAAUCUGAAGCUGCUGCAGCGCGGACCGUCGAGACGACCGCGACGCGCCGACGAGUGUCCGUCGGACACGCUCGAGAUCGAGGAUCAAGAGGACGAGCCCGAUCGAGAGGAGGACGAGGUGGGCGAGCCGAGGGAGCCGAGGGAGAGAGCCGCGUGGUUGAAGCGUUAUCGAGCGACGACCUGGGGCAAGUGCGCGAACCGGAAGAGGCCAGACUCGACCGAGGUGACCGCCGCCGCCGCCGGGAAAGCGAGAUGGCAUCAGUACUACGUCGAAGAGCCAAACAGACUGUUCUCCCUGUGGGGCGAGGUACACAUUACCGACGACACGUUCGACGAGGCGAACCGCGGCAUGCAGACGUACGCCUGUUACGUAGUGUGCGCCGGCAUGACCAGGAUCAUGGCGCCGGAAUACUGGACCUCGAGGACCCUCGACGCGAUCGUCGUGUGCGGGGAUCGUUAUUACACGCGCAGCAGGCACGAGCUCGAGUCUACCAGCGACGGGGGUGCUGCUGGUUACUCGUUCAAGCACCUCGCCGGAUGCUUCGACAUCGGCGAGAUCCUGUUCGAGGCGCGGAUGCUGCCGGCCGUCACCGGCAGAUUGUACGCCGAGUCGGACGAGUGCCUGUGGAGGUGCCUGGAGCGAGUGUUCACGAGGUAUCACUUCGCCGCCCUGACGUGCGAGAACGCCUGUCUCGGCCUCUUCAAGUUCUGCGGCGCUUACUACGCGUGCGACGUCAACUCGUACGGUCCGCCGCUCUUCCGACACGGCCACGGCGCCGCGUAUCUGCUCAGAGCCACGUCCUUUCGCAAAUUCCUGACGGUGCUCGUGCUGAUCGUCGGCUCACCGGAACGCAACCGAUUCACCCUGAACCCCAUCGAGAUUCUCAGGAUCGUCGAGGUGGACUCCGCGCUCCUCGAUCCACGUGGUAAGCCGCGCGACAAGAAGCAGCGUCGUUUCGGGCGAUUCGCGGGGAAAGUAGCGGGAAAGUUGUCGAGAUUCGCGUUCGAUGGGCAAAAGAAGAGAAGAGAAUGAAUAAGUAGAAAAUCCGAAUGCGAUGUAUAUGAUUA